CGUCACCACAUUUCGCGAAUCUGGUCACACUAACGGAUGUUUUGUAAAUAAUUUGGCAGAGUCCCCGAAAUGAAUUGUUGCAUUUGCCAGUUUUCUGUGCGCACUCCUAAGAACAUAUAUACCGAGACAGUCGGGAACCCGCCAGUUCUGAUAAGCGAACUGGUCCUGCAAUGCACCAAGGGAACCAACUACGCCCUGACCAAGGAGUCAUCAACGAUAUGCAAGAAGUGCUGCGAAAAGCUGGCACGCUAUCACAAGUCAAUAAAAAUCGCGCGGAAGCUACGUCAGGAGAUCCUAGAACUCAUUCACAGUCCGUUUCUUGCCAAAGACCUGAAGCAUUCGCUGCUGAAAGAUGAUGCGGUGAAAGUCGAACGCAUAGCCAAGUUUGAUGGAAAUAUUGAGGACGCUGCCGACGUCGAGGAGCAGCAUUUUGUUGAGGAGGAGGGCGGGGAAGAAAUUGACAGCGCAACGGAGACGGAUUUUGUUCACCAAGCGACUAUUGAGGAGGAGGUGGGAGAGGAUGAGCACACCUUUAUACUUAAUGAGGCAGAUGGCGUAGGCCAAGAUGAGGAGUUCCACUCGAUGGACCUAGAGUUAGAUAUUGAUAACGAGAUAAUCAUAAAUGAGGAGACCACCGAGGAGGAGAUCGAGCCGCAGACAAAGCAUGAAGCAGAAGAUGCUGAAUUCUUCAAGGAGGACACCAUGAGUGAGUUCGAGGACCAUCUGGACGGUACAAUAGAAUAUAUAAUAUCCGAUGCCGAGGACCACGAACAAGACUUGGACAGUUCAGGUGACUACAUAGUAAAUAUACAGUGCCCAAGCUGUCCAGAUAAGUUCACCAGCCGGCGCGCCUACAAUGCUCACACAAAGCGCGAGCACUUUCCAGGCUACGUCUGUGAUCAGUGCGGCAAAACUCUGCAAUCUUACUCGGGAUUCAUUGGGCACCUGCAGAACCACGAGCCAGUAAAACAGUUCGCAUGCCCCGUCUGCCCGGAACGUUUCAGUCGCAAAUUCCGGCUGAAGCACCACAUGGCCUGGCACACAGGUGAAACACCCUAUCAGUGCGAGGUGUGCUCAAAGCGAUUCGUCCAUAAGGUAGCACUUUACAAACAUAAGAUGAUCCACGACAACGAGACGAAACGGUUGGAGUGCCAGGUUUGUGGAUUUAAGACACGCACCAAGGCUCAUCUUGAGCGGCACACCCGCUCUCACACGGGCGACAAACCCUUUGCUUGUCCUGUCUGCAACAAACGCUUCUCCCAGAUGUACAACAUGAAAGCCCAUCUGCGGGAGCACGAGAGCCCGGGCACCAAUCGCCAUCGACGCUUCCACUGUACUAAGUGCACGCACACGUUCAUAAACGAACAGAACUACAUAAGCCAUAUGCAGCGUGACGACUGCACGGCAGUCUAGAAAUUGCGCGCACAAUUGAAUAUUGUAUAAUAUGUUUAGAUAAUUCCACAAGGCGUUAAUUUCAAAGCGAGCAUACAGCUGCAGUACUAUCAUAUGAUUACCAUCCGGCUGAGGAGAAACAGCUCAAGGCAAGGAGUACGUUAUGUUCUAUCCAUGUACUUUUUUUUUAUUA